AUAAAAGGAUGCUGCGAGAAGGCUCCAAUCGGGACAUUUCCCAGCCAUCAGCAGAGGCCUUCCUUCCCCUUCCCUCCAAGGCAAAGCGAAAGCAGCUCCGCCAUUGGCUAAGCCAAUGCGACAACAACUACACUCCACACGGGCUAUUCCGGGUUGUUGGGAAACGAGCUUCGCAGCAGGCCCACCCUCUCCGCUCCUGCGUUCGCACGAGACGUUCCGCGCACUGCUUGGACCCGUGGCGAUUCGCGAGGACGGCGCCCGCCGCAUUUCUCCUAGCCUGGAGAGACGCUCGGGGACUUCGCAUGGAGCUAUGAGCAGGAAAGGACUCAUCACCGAUUGUUUCCAAGUGGUGAAAAAGGAAGGAGGCGGGAAAGAAAGAAAAGAGGCUCAGAGCCCACCUCAGGUUUUAGUUCAAGCAGAAUCUGACCUACAAGAUACCGCACAACCUGAUCAGUUGGAAAUACUGAAGCAGUUUGAUCUCAGCUGGCAAUAUGGUCCCUGCACUGGAAUCACCCGUAUGCAGCGCUGGGAACGAGCCAAAUUCUUAGGACUCAAUCCCCCUACAACUGUGCAGGAUUUGCUUCUGAAAUAUAAUAAGGACCCUUUUGUUAUAUAUAGCUGCUUCAGUGUUAUAGGAGUAAGUGCACUGUGAGGACCCAACAUUAAGGAGAUGAUGAGAAUUUCAAGAGGUCCCAGAUAUGGUCUCCCUUUGCCUCCCUUCCAUGAAUUCAUUCCCCUCCUCCUCCGCUUUGGCCAAGAACAUGCUAGCUUUGAAAGUUGAGAGCUGUGGGACAAGAACUGACUCCAGAUGGAAAAUUUGCUUAAGUUGACCAUAAAAUUGUGUCUGCCACAAAGGAUGUUGUUGUGUCACAGAAGACAGCCAAGCCCAUUCCAGCUGCUUGGCAAGGAGAUGGAGUGGCCAUGUGAAAAGUCAACCCAGGCCGCCUCUUGACAGUAACCAUGCUCCAAAUUUCUUUCUUGUAGCUUGUGGCAUGAAUAUACUCUCUGAAAAGAGCAACUGUUGUUACCUGAGGCUGAGAAAGAGCCCUUGCCAUUAUAUUACCAUAAUCAUAUGGAUGUUUCCAUCAUUCCUGAGAAUGCUGCUUUGCAGUGGUGGUAAGGUUCUUAUAAGGGAGAGAAGGCCUUCUAGUUGAUCUCCACUUGGGACUUUGGCCUCAGCUUUUAAAAAUCAUUAAUAAGAACUAGAUCAAGAACUGAUUUAUACCAAUAAUCACAGCAAGCCAAAUUCAAUAUGGAAUUGCAAUCUUCUUUGUAUUUUUAAUGUUUCAUUCAAUUUUGAACCUGGUUUGAUUUUGAUAAGUGCUUGUGUACUUUAAGAGGUGCUGAAACAAUUGUCAUCAGCAUUUUUGUCUAUGCAUUAUGAACCACUUUUCUAAAAGAAUUUCAUGCUGUCUUUAGUAAAAAGUAAAAGCUAUUGUAUUGGUUCCAUAGUUUUAGGGUGUGGAGGACAUAUUCAGUAAGCAUGUGCUGUAGUUAAAGCUAGAGCUACUGAACUAAAGCUACAGAGAACUGAAGGUUCAGCUGGAUCAGCAUUGCCAAAAAAGGCUAAGAUCUGAUUAUUUGCUCAGAUUUCUUAAUUAUUAAUAAUUAUUCUGCUUUUGGUUUAAUGUUGCCUUUUAUCAUAUUGAUUGGUUUUAUUGAUUGUGCAUAUUGUGAUAUUUAUAUAUGUAUAGAAAACUUUGAAAAAUAAUAAAAUGCACUUUCUUGUACAA